CAGGCAGCAGAUGUUUAUUAGGCUGCUGUCUCUUUAACAGCGAACGCACGCGGAUCUAAAAGUGCUGUUACACAUGCGUUUCCUUUCUCACCUGUUGACGUUCACUUAAGACAAAAAACAGCUGUGUUAAUGAGGAUAUCUGAUGUAUUUUUGUGCGCAUUGGUCGUAAGAUGCUAAAGAGCGUUCGGGAGACCGGGAGCCCACACCAGGACCGUGCUCAAAUUUGAGUGCAUCACUAAAAAAAAACAAAAAACGGUUUAUUAUGAUUUAGUUUCUGUCCUUCUACAGAACACGACAUGUGUCCGGUUAGAUCCGAUGGUUUCCAGUUCCACCCUCCGCUCCCUCCUGGCUCUGCGUCCUCAUCCGCUGCUCCACCUCUCCCGCCGGGAACGCCUCCGUCCACUCCGCCCAUCCCUAAGGGAACUCCACCACCGACUCCACCUACUAACGAUUCCCCGGCCAAUCAGGCGAGAGGGUUGACUGAGGGGGAGGAGUCUGAGGACGGGCUGACUCUGGAGGAACUGGAGGAGCAGCAGAGGCUUCUCUGGGCAGCCCUUGAGAAGGCAGAUACCACGACCAACAGUGAUUCUGAGACCCCCGUCCCGAGUUCCCCUAGUGUGGUCACUUCACUUAAACUCGACUCGGAGGAAGACGGAGAAAAGACGGAGGACUCGAGUCAAGCGUAUGAAAUCAAGAGCACGCCAUCUUCACCUAAUGUUUGUGAGGAGGAGAGGAUAGAUGAAACCGCCAUCGAUUUGCAAGCAGGGAUGAGUGACGACAUUGUCCUGGAUGAAAUUUACGAGGAAAGCCGUAAUCAUGAUGCAACAAAUGGAGCUUCAGACACUCCUCAGAUAAACACGGAGGAGCCUGCCGUAAAUAAAGUAGCUUUCGUCCCACACCGGAGCAGGUUCGCUGCGGGUAUUAUUCCUUUCGAGGACACGCCUGAGUUUACGGAGGUGGCUGAAGCAACGGGGGUUUACCUCAAGAUUCGAGAUUUACUAAAAGGCUCCCCGAGAAGUCAGGCCCGAAGCAAGAAAUAAUGGAAGUCGUGUGUUUUUACUGCGCACCUGUGGACAACGAGCAAUGUGUUUUUCUCUCUAAUCACAGUCCUUUUGUAUGUAGUUUUACUUUGGUGCUUUGUAUCUUUUUACAGCUAUCGUGUGAUUUUUUUAAAAACACAAAAAGGUUUCAUUUGGUUUGUACCUGAUUAUUAACUGACUGUGGAUACUUGAUCUCUGUGUAGGGAAUGUUUUUUAUUAUUAUUAUAAUUAUUCUGUUUUCUGUAAUUACAGUCGUUACCGCUACAUCUCAUUUGCAUGCCCUCCAUCUGUGUAUUUUAUUGUGAAUAUCUUUCAGA